CCUGGCCUAAGUAGUGAUCGAAACGCUAUUUGGUAAACCAAUGAUGACGGAACUGUCACGAGAAGUUGGUGAAGUUUGGGCUAGAUUAUUUGAUCAUAGACCAUUUUUAAAUGGAGAAAUAAAGUUUAUGCUAAAGGAGUUCGAGGAAAAACGUGGAGACCGUGAAGUAGAGAACUUGUUCUUCAUUCUUGAGAAGGUCACUGACAUUAAAGACAGCCAGGUUGACAAGAUAAAGAAAGGCAGUGAGGCUGCACUACCUGUACUCAGUGAGAAACUAAACCAAGCACUCCAGUUGUGUGAAGGAGUUGAGACUGAUUAUCUUGAAGUACAGAAGACUUGUGCAGAAAAAAGAGCCGAAAAUCGUGAAAAAAGGCAAAAGGAAUGGGAUCAGUUCAUUGAUGAUAUGAACUUUAAGUGCCUAAGGAUUGACAACGCCUUUGAAGAAAAAGAGGAAGAGCUGAGAGAUCUCUACGCAGACCUAAACCACAAGCUCAACAUUACCAAAUAA